GCUCAUCAUUCCAUUCGUGCCCGAUUGCCGCGAACUUCCUUCUCUUUUGCGACGCAAGGUGUCGCUUUAUCCUUCGCGGCUGAAUCCUAUCUAACUCUCUACCCCUGCUAGCUAUAUAAACACGGGCAGGAUGCGUGUGGAAGCCACGAGCUGGCUACCCCACCGAAUUGACACACGCAAGAGCAGCGGCAGAGAGGUGCCUCGCUCGACCAAGGUCUUGCUUGCACGAAGAGCUAGGAACGAAACCGAUCACACGGUGCGGCGGAACAUGUGGGAUCUCGUGCCGACGAUUGAUCUGCACAGCGGCCUCGUCAUGUCGGUGUCAUCUUUCCUGAUCAUGCUCCUCGUCCAGAUCCUGCCUCUGGUCGACAACGUCGCCUCGGCGAGCAGGGGCAUACGCUCGGCGUCCCGGGCGGUCGUGCGGCUCCUCGCACGCGACGACAGCGCCGUGAUCGGCGCGGACGACGACGACGAGGAGGACGACAGCGGCGGCGGCGUCGGCGUGGUUGCACCUGAUCCGCGGCAAGCUCGCCGGCAUUGCGAGCGGUGCGCUCGGAGGAGGGGCGCGUCGCCGCCCGACGACGUCGCGGCGGUGAUGGAGAGGCUCGGGCUGCUGCCCGGCGGCGGGGCCGACGUCGCGGAUGACGGCGGGGAGGCGUGCGGCGGGUGCGAGGCGGCGUGGGCGGUGGACGACCUGCUGGAGAGCAAGGUCGCCAGCGAGGCCGAGCUGCGGGAGGCGUUCUACGUGUUCGACCGCGACGAGGACGGCUUCGUGGGCGCCGCCGAGCUGUGGAACGUGAUGCGGCGGCUCGGCAUGCCCGAGGGCGCGCGGCCGGAGGACUGCCGGAGGAUGAUCGCCGCGCACGACGCCGACGGCGAUGGCAGGAUCAGCUUCCGCGAGUUCAGGGCCAUGAUGGAGAACGCGGUUUGAUGAUCCAUUAUUAGUCAGCUUACUUACUCAUCAGUGCGGCCCUGCGUUGUUUCAUAUUUUUAUCGUAUCUUCGUUAGUACUUCUCGUUGGACAAUCGAUGAGUUAGCAAUUAGCAGGCAUUACUGUGAGUCUGUAAUCUAUAUAUGUUCAGCGCUCACUUGAGCUAAAAUGCAACUGCGUUUGAAUAAAAUAUAUGUAAACUGAAAUCCGGAGACCGGAGGCCCUGCUGCAUUCUAA